ACCACCUUUUGCUUUAUUACAGCCUUUAGUCUGAUGAUUUUCAAUGGGGUUUAAUGCAGGCCAUAGAUGGGUCGAAAAUCGGCCGAUUUUUCGGCCGAAAAUAAAAUCGGCCGAUUUUCGGAUCGUUAGUGGGCGAUUUGGUCGGCCGUUUUUCGGUAUUUUGGCCGUUUUUUUUUUUUUUUUUUUUUUUCGGUAAAGUUGGAAAAAAAUCGGCCGAUUUUGCCGAUCGGCCGAUUUUCGCGGCAAUUAGUGGGCAAAUCGGCCGAUUUUUUACCGAUAAAAAAUCUGCGCAUGAGCAGUGA